GUGUUGAACCCGCCGAGCGGUGCGGCCAUGGCGGAGGCGGUGCGGGAGGAGCUCUCGGUCCUGGGUGCGAUUUUCUGCGGGCCCGACGAGUGGGAAGUGCUGAGUCUCUCAGAGACAGAUGGGACUGUGUUCAGAAUUCUCACAAGAGCCGAAGGAUUUAUGGAUGCGGAUAUACCCUUACAAUUGGUGUUCCAUUUACCGGUCAAUUACCCGUCGUGUCUGCCUGGUAUUGUGGUUAACUCCGAACACCUGACCAGGGCUGAGUGUGAGAUUGUGAAAGAGAAGUUACUGGAGCAAGCAGAGACCCUUUUGUCGGAACCUAUGGUUCAUGAGCUGGUUCUCUGGAUUCAACAGAAUCUCAGGCACAUCCUCAAGCGACCAGAAACUGGAGGUGGCAGUGAAAAGUGCACUUCUGCAGCAAGCACGACUGUGGAUGAUGGAUUGUGGAUGACUCUUUUGCAUUUAGAUCACAUGAGAGCAAAGACUAAAUAUGUCAAAACUGUGGAGAAGUGGGCUUCCGAUUUAAGGCUGACAGGAAGACUGAUGUUCAUGGGUAAAAUAAUACUGAUUUUACUGCAGGGAGACAGAAACAACAUCAAGGAGUACCUGAUUCUUCAGAAAACCUGCACAGUAGAUGUGGACUCAAGUGGAAAGAAAUGCAAAGAGAAAAUGAUUAGUGUACUGUUUGAAACAAAAGUACAGACAGAACACAAAAGGUUUCUGGCAUUUGAAGUCAAAGAGUAUUCAUCGUUGGAUGAGUUACAAAAGGAAUUUGAAACUGCAGGACUUAAGAAGCUUUUCUCCGAACUUGUACUUAGGCUGGUAAAAUGAAGUGGAAGACAGGUCUAUUGGAAAAGAGGAUUUAAAAAAAAUGAAUUCAACUAGUGUUGGAGGAGGUCAUUGAGAGGAUAUGAACUGCCGGUUGACCCAAGAGCUGGACCUGGGCAAUCAGAGGCUCCUCACCCCUCCCCUGUCCUUGGAAUAUAUAUUCUGCCCACCGUUCCUACACUAGGAGCCAUUCAAGGAUGCAGCCUUGAGACAGUAAGGUGUGGUUGAGAGCGCCUGGACUGAAUAUGUGACUGAACCCAGUUAAGGCCUCUAUAUAAACUUUUAAGAUUCUGGUGGGUUGCAGAGAUCUACUCAUAUUAUGGCCAUCCAACACAAGCCUCGUCUGUAAGUUCACUUGCUUAUUAAAACCACAACCUACCAAUCUGGAGUGAUCUGCCUCUUUCUUGGGUCUCUCCUUGCCCUCCAUGUAUGGGGGCAAGCUACGAGCCAACAACAAGUUAACAAAUGGAAGUUUUGGCAGCAAAUGAAAUAAUUUAAAAUAAUUUUUCC